CCAUAAUUUUCACAAACACCAUAUAAUCAAUUAGUUUAUCCGCGGUAUACUUCAUCGUCGAAGUUCCAAUUGCUUCUAUGGAUUCUCAAACAGCGUUAGAGCUUGUCAAAAACGGUGUCACCCUUCUCUUCCUCGAUGUUCCUCAAUACACCCUUGUUGCCAUUGAUACUCAGGUGUUCUCUGUGGGACCUACUUUUAAGGGUAUUAAGAUGAUUCCACCGGGAACCCAUUUUGUCUACUAUAGUUCUUCAACCAGAGACGGUAAGGAGUUUUCACCGAUGAUUGGAUUCUUUAUCGAUGCUGGCCCUUCAGAGGUAAUUGUUCGUAAAUGGGACCAACAGGAGGAACGGCUAGUCAAAGUAUCUGAGGAAGAGGAUGAAAGAUAUAGGCUGGCUGUUAAAAAUAUGGAAUUUGACCGACAACUUGGGCCUUACAAUCUUAGCCACUAUGAAGAUUGGAAACGAUUAUCUGAUUUCAUUACAAAGAGCAUCAUCGAACGGCUUGAGCCCAUUGGAGGAGAAGUCAGUGUUGAAUGCGAAAAUGAUAUGUUUAGAAACGCUCCUAAAACACCAAUGGAGAAAGCACUAGACACGCAGCUGAAGGUUGAUAAUUCUGCAACAUCUGUUGGCAAGUUGCAGAGAAAAGGGUGUUAUUAUACUUCCAUUCCACGUGUCGUAAAAUGCAAGGGGAUCAGUGGACAGGAACUUACUUCUUUGAAUCUUGACAAGACACAAUUGCUAGAGACUUUACUGGUAAAAGAUUAUGGAGGUUCUGAAGACUUGCUCCUUGGAGAACUGCAGUUUGCAUUUAUCGCCCUUAUGAUGGGUCAGUCGUUAGAAGCAUUUCUCCAGUGGAAAUCCUUGGUUAGCCUUCUGUUGGGCUGCACCGAAGCACCUUUCCACACACGAACACGGCUAUUCACCAAGUUCAUAAAAGUAAUCUAUUAUCAACUAAAAUACGGACUACAGAAAGAUCGCAAGGAUAACACAGGACCACUAUUGUUGGAUGAUUCUUGGUUUUCUACUGACAGCUUUUUGCACCAUCAUUGUAAGGAAUUCUUUUCAUUGGUGCUAGAUGGGUCUGUCAUUGAUGGAGAUCUUUUAAAAUGGACAAGGAAGUUUAAGAAGCUAUUAGAGAGCAAUCUAGGGUGGGAGUUUCAGCAGAACAACGCUGUUGAUGGUUUGUACUUUGAUGAGAACGAUGAGUUUGCUCCUGUAGUAGAGAUGUUAGAUGAUGAAGCUCACGCAGUUUAGAAAUGUGGAUCAUGUCAUUACUUGGCUACAAAAGGGUGUUUUUGAGGAAUCAAAUCUUGAGUAUCAUGCCACUUUGCAUGACCUUUAGCCAACUUAGUGUGAUACACAGACCCUUCACUGACAUUGUACAACAUAACAUAUGUAAAUACAUCUUAGCAAUGGAUAGUGCAGAAGAUUAGAACCCUACCAGAAGCUUGAGAAAUUGUUGGACUAGGAUUGUUUUCAAACUUAGAUGACUGUUAAAAAACACGUCGGCUAGACGGUUUACGAAAUACUAUAUUUGACAUGUUUUUUUUCUUUCUUUUUUCAAAGUGUAUACUUGACAUGUUGCUAGCUUUUACUGAUAAUAUUACAUGUUGCUUGAUGAAGUAGCAA